AUGGCUUUGUACGGUCAUCCACAAUCAAUCGUGAUAGAUUCAGAUGGUGGAAAUAAAUUUUACACGCUCAUCAAUUCUGGAAUGACCGACCUCGUCUACAAAGUCAGGUCGUCCAAUAAUGCAGACUACAGAUUCAAAAGCGUUUAUGGCAUCAUCAAAGCUGGAAGUACUGCUACCAUCGAAGUGAUUCGUUCGGUACGUGGGUUAUUUACAAAAGCACCUCCGAAAAGCGACCGCUUCAUUGUGCAGUACGGCGUGUUGCCGAUUGGCGUCACAGAUCCGCAGCAGGCUUGUGCUGAUUUCAAGCCGAUAGGAGCCAUAACCGUUGGCCUAUAUGCUAUGCCAUGA